UCGAGGGGGCGGGGUCGUGAGCAGAGCCCGACUGAGCUGAAGGGGAGCACUCAACCUUCUGCAGCCUUGGUACCCACUCCUGCCGCCUGCCUGGCAAUCACUCGCUCCUCUGCACCAUGCUGUGGCGGGGUAGCCAGGCGCUACGGCACUUCUCCACCGGCCGGGUUUAUUUCAAAAACAAGUUGAAGUUGGCACUUAUUGGCCAGAGCCUGUUUGGACAGGAAGUCUACAGCCACCUCCUGAAAGAGGGCCACCGAGUAGUGGGAGUGUUCACAGUGCCAGACAAGGAUGGAAAGGCCGAUCCACUGGCUUUGGCCGCAGAGAAAGAUGGGACCCCUGUGUUCAAGUUCCCUCGGUGGAGAGUCAAGGGUAAAACCAUCAAGGAGGUAGCAGAAGCCUAUCAGUCGGUGGGUGCUGAGCUCAACGUGCUUCCCUUCUGCACGCAGUUCAUCCCCAUGGACAUCAUCGACAGCCCAGAGCACGGCUCCAUCAUCUACCACCCCUCACUCCUACCCAGGCACAGAGGGGCUUCUGCCAUCAACUGGACUCUAAUCAUGGGAGAUAAGAAAGCUGGGUUUUCUGUUUUCUGGGCAGAUGAUGGUUUAGAUACAGGACCCAUCCUUCUUCAGAGAUCGUGUGACGUCAAACCCAAUGACACAGUGGACUCGCUUUAUAACCGGUUCCUUUUUCCUGAGGGGAUCAAGGCCAUGGUAGAAGCUGUCCAACUCAUAGCAGAUGGAAAGGCGCCUCGCACUCCCCAGCCGGAAGAGGGGGCCACAUAUGAAGGCAUCCAGAAGAAGGAAAACGCUGAGAUUCCUUGGGACCAGCCUGCUGAAGUUUUGCACAACUGGAUUCGAGGUCAUGAUAAGGUCCCUGGAGCCUGGGCAGAGAUAGACGGACAGAUGGUGACUUUCUACGGCUCAUCACUGUUGACCAGUUCUGUGCCUGCUGGAGAACCACUGGACAUUAGAGGUGCCAAGAAGCCUGGUCUUGUCACCAAAAAUGGCCUUGUUCUUUUUGGGAAUGAUGGGAAAGCGCUGAUGGUGAGAAACCUGCAGUUUGAAGACGGGAAGAUGAUUCCCGCCUCCCAGUACUUUUCGUCAGGUGAGACAUCGGUGGUAGAACUUACGGAGGAGGAGCUGAAGGUGGCAGAGACCAUAAAGGUCAUCUGGGCUCGAAUCUUAAGCAACGUCCCAGUGAUCGAGGACUCCACGGACUUCUUUAAAUCUGGCGCGAGCUCAAUGGAUGUUGCGAGGCUGGUGGAAGAGAUCAGACAGAAGUGCGGUGGGCUUCAGCUGCAGAACGAAGAUGUCUACAUGGCCCGCAAGUUUGGAGAUUUCAUCCAAAAGGUUGUGCGGAGACUGAGAGGAGAGGACCAAGAGGCUGAGCUGGUGGUGGAUUAUGUUUCCAAGGAGGUAAACGAGAUGACAGUGAAGAUGCCCUACCAGUGUUUCAUAAACGGACAGUUUGUAGAUGCCGAGGAUGGAGAGACUUACGCCACCAUCAACCCCACAGACGGAACUACGAUAUGCAGAGUGUCCUACGCUUCUUUAGCGGAUGUUGACAGAGCAGUAGCCGCGGCCAAGGACGCCUUUGAGAACGGCGAAUGGGGAAGGAUGAACGCCAGGGACAGAGGAAGACUCAUGUACAGACUCGCGGACCUAAUGGAAGAAAACCAGGAGGAGCUGGCGACCAUAGAGGCGCUGGAUUCCGGGGCUGUCUACACCCUGGCUCUGAAGACUCAUAUUGGAAUGUCCGUGCAGACCUUCAGAUACUUCGCAGGCUGGUGUGACAAAAUUCAGGGCUCUACAAUUCCAAUCAACCAGGCCCGACCGAAUUACAACCUGACCUUCACCAAGAAGGAGCCACUUGGUGUCUGCGCCAUCAUCAUUCCCUGGAACUAUCCACUGAUGAUGCUGGCCUGGAAGAGUGCAGCCUGCCUGGCAGCAGGCAACACCCUGGUACUCAAGCCAGCACAGGUCACACCCUUGACAGCUCUGAAGUUUGCAGAGCUGACGGUGAAAGCAGGCUUUCCGAAGGGGGUAAUCAACAUCAUUCCGGGCUCAGGGGGUGUGGCAGGACAGCGGCUCUCUCAGCACCCUGACAUCCGCAAGCUUGGUUUCACUGGUUCUACCUCUGUGGGCAAACAGAUCAUGAAAAGCUGUGCUGUGAGCAACCUGAAGAAAGUUUCCCUUGAGCUUGGUGGCAAAUCCCCACUUAUAAUAUUCAGUGACUGUGAACUUGACAAGGCCGUCCGGAUGGGCAUGGGCGCAGUAUUCUUCAAUAAAGGAGAGAACUGCAUUGCAGCUGGCCGGCUGUUCGUGGAAGAGGCCAUCCACGAUGAAUUCGUAACCAGAGUGGUGGAAGAGAUUAAAAAGAUGAAAAUUGGUGAUCCCCUGGACAGAUCUACGGACCACGGGCCCCAGAACCACAAAGCCCAUUUGGAAAAGUUGCUGCAGUACUGCGAGACGGGGGUGCAGGAGGGGGCCACACUGGUGUACGGAGGAAGACAGGUACAGAGGCCAGGCUUUUUCAUGGAGCCCACUGUGUUCACCGGCGUGGAGGACCACAUGUACCUCGCCAAAGAGGAAUCCUUCGGGCCCAUCAUGGUCAUCUCUAAAUUCCAAAAUGGGGACAUCGAUGGGGUGCUGCAGAGAGCAAACAACACUGAGUAUGGCCUGGCCUCAGGGGUCUUCACAAGAGACAUCAGCAAAGCCAUGUACGUGAGUGACAGGCUAGAGGCGGGAACGGUUUUCAUUAACACCUACAACAAGACGGACGUGGCAGCCCCGUUUGGUGGAGUGAAGCAGUCUGGCUUUGGGAAAGACUUAGGUGAGGAGGCCCUGAACGAAUACCUGAAAACCAAAACAGUGACCCUCGAGUAUUAGAGAGACGCAUCGGGACACCUGUGACCGACAGCCCGCUUCUCAACUCUUCACAAGCUGAAAACCCCAACGGUGCUGAGGAAGCAGGGACCGUCUGGAAGUAGAUAAAAGAACCAGGAAGAGGGUGUGACCACUUGUGUGAGCAUUUACCUGACCAAGGGCCUCAAAAAAAUUCCAGGACACUGUUUAUCACCAAAUGACUUAACUCUUUUUAAAAAUGCUGGUGGUGUAUGUUUUUCUAAAGUAUCAAAGGUCCCUCCCCUUCCUCCCUGAAUGUCUAUUCGCUCCCAGGUCACCCAUCUUGAACACGAUGACCUCACUCACAGGCCCACUUAAGAGUUCUGGGUCUCAACUCCCAAGCCGUAUAUACUGAACACUGUUAACCCUUUCUUUAGCUGUGCGUUCAAACAACAGGGUAUCCUACAGAGAACAUAAUGCCCAUCCUCUUCCCUUCUCGUAUUAGAAGGAAGACUCAUCUCUGUGCCUUUGACUAUUAUGUAACCCACUCUGACAAAUGGGCAGCUUGUGAGCCUUUCUUCCACAUCUUCCUACGUGGUACAAAGGACUGUUAAGUUCAGAGGGCACCAAAUUACUGACAUCGCCUUUGAUCCUGUAGUUUAAAUCCUGGUAAACAAACUGUGAUGGCCAAUCCCUGUCAUACUAUACCGGCUUACUGUGUGAGCUGGGGGAAACUACCCAACUUGUCUGAGCUCUGGCCUCCUCAUGUGUUAAAUAGCGGUAGCAGUGCCUUCCUUGGAAGUCUCAUUACAAGGACUCUGUGCAAAAAGAAAAGCCCCAGGACUGUUCUUCAUAAUGCAUGUAAAUAUUCAAUUAAAAUUUAAAUAUUUCUUUCCAUUACUACUCUAAAA